AUGCAAAGUAAUCAAAUGGCUAUCAUAACCAUUGAUUGGACUUUCGAUGGCAUGAUUCUAAACUUUGAAAAUAACCCAGAAAGGAUGUUGAUACCUUACAGGCCAUUAAGUCUAGCCAAGGACGGGUCAAAAAGUCAGUUGGCCGUAUCUGAGCUUUCUUCCUCGUGUCUACCUCGAUGCCUUGACAUCCUAUCCACAAUUCUGGCGGCUUCCAGCGAUGCGAUUGUUGCCCUGGCAACGCUUAGUGUGUCUAAAAUCGAUAACAUGGAAUCUGGCCCGAAGCCCUCCACUGGGCAAACAUCACUCUUUCAGGUUUAUCUGCGGCUUCGGCCACCAAUGAACAAGAAAGAAGCGACCCAGAUACCAAAGCAGGAAUACCUCACAGUUGAGCGCCCAGAGCCCCAAUUGUCUGAAGACGAUGGAAACCAACGUCCCGUCUGGCCUACUCAUAUCACGCUGCAGCCACCAAACGAUUCGAGAAAACGAGCAGUUGAGAAGUUCGGGUUCACAAAAGUUUUUGAAGAGAAUGCCUCUCAGCUAGAGCUUUUUGAAGAAAUUGGGAUGCCCAGUUUGAUAAAAGGUGUUCUUUGUGAUGGUAGAGAUGGCCUGGUUGCUACCUUGGGAGUCACUGGGAGUGGAAAGACACACACUAUCCUUGGGUCGAAAUCGCAGCGCGGAAUAACGCAGAUGUCACUCGAUGUCCUCUUCCGUUCCCUUUCGUCAACGGUUCAGAAUUUGGAUAACCAAGAUAACCCCCUAUUGCUAUCGUCCAUUGCGGAUUCCGACCCAUCUGAAGCACAGCUCUUUACUGCGAGAUCCUUUAUCGAAAUGAUUUAUAGUGAUCCAUGGAACGAACGAGGUCGAGGGUCCAGGGCUCAGACCCCGAUGUCUGUUGUGUCGAGGUGUCAAACCCCUAUGACGGAUUCGAUGUCUACUAUAAAUUUCCCUCGACGUCAUUUGCCUCACCGGCCGAGUACGCUCCCUCAAUCGCCGGACGUGAGCGAAUUCGUGAUUCCUAAUCCGAGCGAAGGGGAGACUGUGGUAUUGGUAUCGAUGUACGAAGUAUAUAAUGAUCGAAUUUUUGAUCUCCUUACUCCCUUAAGUUCAAGAACCAGUUGUCGACCCGCAAUGAACCAGAAGGAAAGGCGUCGGCAUUUACUAUUUAAACCUACAGAAGCUUCACCGGAUCGCAAAGUUGUAGCUGGUUUGAGGAAGGUUAUUUGCGGCACUUACGAAGAAGCCUUGAUGGUCUUGGAGACUGGCUUGCUGGAGCGAAAAGUGACUGGAACAGGAAGUAAUAGUGUCAGCUCACGAAGCCAUGGGUUCUUCUGUGUUGAAGUGAAACGAAGAGUCCGAGAUAGGAGGUUUGGUGAAGAAUCCUGGAUUGGAAAUACGCUGACUGUGGUUGAUCUUGCUGGCUCUGAGCGCGCUAGAAAUGCGAAAACUGCGGGAGCAACACUUGCAGAAGCUGGGAAAAUUAACGAGAGUUUGAUGUAUCUGGGUCAAUGUCUCCAAACGCAGAGUGAUUUCCAGGACGGAAAUAAGAAUGCGCUGGUACCCUACAGACAAUGCAAACUCACCGAACUCUUAUUCUCUAACUCGUUCCCUUCGCCGAACCACGGGACUUCAUAUCCGAGACACCCACAAAGAGCCCUUAUGAUUGUGACUGCAGACGCACAGGGUGACUUUAACGCUACCUCUCAGAUCUUGCGCUAUUCUGCAUUGGCUCGCGAGGUCACCGUGCCUCGCAUACCCUCCGUCACAAGCACAAUCUUGGCUAACACGGGGUGUGGAAGGAAGAGUCCAACUUAUGCUCACGCUAACAAGUCCAAAUCCAGCCUGUAUUGUGCUUCAGCGGAAGAGUUAGAGACUGCAGCGUUGGAAAUUGCAAAAAUUAGUGAUGACUACGAUGCCUUGGCCGUAAAACUGGCGGAGGAAGAAAUUGCGAGAGCAGAAGCUGAGUUCCACUGGAGAGCAGCCGAGGAAAGGUGCAUGUUGAUCGAACAGGAGGUACGGGAAGAAUGUUGGCAGGAGAUGGAGCAGCGGCUUGAGGAAGAGAAGCGACGAUGGCAAGCGGCCUGGGGUGAACAGGAAUCACGUCAUGAUGAGCACCUGGAUAAAAAAUUAGACUUACUGUCAAGGGGCGUAAGGAUCCACGAAGACCCGCAAACAUCUUCAGAACAUCGAAUAAUCGCAUUAGAACGAGAUAAUGAUAAUCUACGAAAGAGAGUCGCCAGCCUCGAACGUGAAUUGCAUUCCCGCUCUCCAACGAAAAAAGCAACAAAAUCCAAGAAAAAUCUCAUGCCCCAGCAGCGGCAGGAUUCGCUCGAUUAUAGCUAUGCAAGUUGUGAGAGUGACGUUGAGAACUCGCUCAUGAAACUCCAAUAUCUUAAACUAGAUUCUGACGUUAAGCGAAGCCCUGGGCCAAUAUCUGUGUCGAAGAAAUUGACAGGCGGGAGAAGACAACGCAUGAUGACGGCGAGACAACGGGAUUUUGCUCCAGAGAGUGUUUUGGAUGAAUUGGAGUGA